UGAAUGUAACCUUCAGGAGGCGGCUUUUCGAAGGACUUUCGGAAUCCACCUUUUUUCCUAUUCUAUAAAGCUUACAAAUACUGACUCCUGAAACUGUAUCUGGGAAUAGUUUACUCAAUGAUGCAUCAUGAAUGCAACUGUUAAAAGACCGCUUGGGUUAUUGAUCUUAUUGUUUUGGAGUUACUUCUUCACUUCGCUAGCUCGGAGAGCCAUACAGAAUAUAUAUCCUAUAAUUCCAGUAGAAUAUAAAGGAACUAAAUCAAAUACUCAUUUAGGUUCCAUAAUUACUGCUCAAACAUUGGGUUAUACAGUUACCAAAUUAAUUGGUGGGAUUCUUAUGGAUCACUUAAAUCCACUUCGAAUUUUUGUUUACUCUCUGAUUUCAGCCUCCGGUUCACUGUUUCUUCUAUCAGUCUCAUCUCAUCAAAUAGUUUGGUUAGUAUCCUAUGGAUUGAUCGGCUUAGCACUUGGUUCUAGUUGGCCAGCCAUAUCAAAGACACUUCGUACCUCUGUGGCUUCUCAUGAAUUAGCCACUUGGUGGGGAUUAAUAUCAUCGUCUUCUAACCUAGCUGGUUGUAUGGGUUCUUGGAUAUCUAUAGUUAUUUCUUCGUAUGCAACAAUAUUUCUCGGUGAUUUAGCAUGGAGAGCUCCGUUCAUUUUUGUUGGAGCAUGUUGCAUAAUAUCAGCUUUACUUCUCAAUGUUUAUCUGCGUUCGCGAACCGUUGAUACGCUAAAUAAAAUCGACUCUAAGAAUAUACCAACUAAAUAUUUUAGUCCUUCUAGAGUAACAUUAUCUAAUCAAUUAUUUGGGAAGCAUCUCAACUCAGAUGUAAAACACAAAGGCUGUGAUGAUACUUGUCAAAGUUUAAUGUCCACUUCAAAAUUGGGUCAAAACAGUUAUGAUACAAGUAAUCAAGAAAAGUGUUGUAAUGAAAAAACUAGCCGAUUAUCGAACAACUGUCAAGAUAAAGAUUUUACUGAAAAUCACGAUAAUGGCGUGACAAUUCAACCCGUUAAAGUGAAUAUUACUAAUCAAAUAUCAAAAUUGUUUCGUAUUUUAAGUCCAAGACAACGUUUAUUGUUGGGUACCUCCGCUAGUGUUCACAUGUGCAGUACAUUUUUACGUUAUGCAAUAGGCGAUUGGAUUGCAAUUAUGCUUUUGAAUAAUAAACAUGGUUACUCACAAAGUACCGCUUAUUUAGUUGCCAGUAGUUACGAAUUCGGUGGAAUAUUUGGGUCUAUGUUCGUUGGAAUAGUAGCUGAUUUGAAUGUGUUUUCUAGAGUAUUUUCAUGGCCUAGUCGUCGGAUUCCAUUAAUAAUUAUACAAAUGUUAAUUGCUAGUGGUACAUUAUGUUGUCUAAGUUGGAUUACCAAUCAUAAUGCUUCUUUAGUAAGUGCAAGUUUAUUUUUUUUUGUUUCUUUUUCUGAUAUUCAUGUUUGCGGUAUAGAAAAGUAUCAUGCAUAAUUCACCAGGUACAGUUUCAUUCAUGUAUUUGACCUUAAGUACUGUUAGGACUUGUCAAAAUUAUCGGUAUGGGGUUGUGUAGAUUGUUGAGUUUCACUGAAAUCAUGAGCCGAUCGAUGUUAAACCACCAUUAAAAACCAGAAAUCAAUGGACUGUCGUUCCGCUCUAGCAUGGGAAUCCUCAGCAAUCCGCAUCCACGACUCCUCACGUGGGGAUCGAACCCGAGACCUUUGAUCUUGCGCGCGAACACUUAACUUCUAGACCAUUGAGCCAGGAUCUGACGGUGUUAAUGUCUAACUUCACUCAAUCCGCGAUAUUGACACAAUGUGGACACGGCUACUGGUAUUGUGUUGUGCACUACUGAUGUCGACAGAUAUAAGUUGUAUGUGUCACCGACUGAAAGUGAAAUGCCUGGUGGCAGAGGGUUAAAAAGAUCGAGAAGAAGAGAAUGGGAACAGAGAAUGAUUGGCGUGUAAACGAAGGAACAACCAAGUCUAAGUUAAUUGAUUAAAAUUUUGCAAAUGAAGUAUUCGCUGUAUGGUUCUAUGAUUUUAUUGAGAGAUUCUGUAAUUUUGUGUUCAAAUAUAUUUGGUUGUCCCCACUGGUGUUCUCGUUCACUACAAUAUGACUAGCUGUUGUAACUCCCGAGUAAACAGCUAUUUACUACUUAUUACAACAGAACAAAACUAAUGUGGCUAGAUUCGAAGAAAAAUAAGACGUAAGAGAUGAAGAUUUUUACUUGCAUCAAACACAUCAAAGUGUACAGUGUAAUAUAUGUCAUUUUUAAAUAUCCGACUAAUAACUUAAUUUGAGUGCAUCAAACUGUCAGUAGUCAAUGUUAAUUAACCAGUUAUUUAAUUUAUCUAUUUAAUUUUCAAAAUCAGUGUUUCAAACUGCCUAUACUGAUAAUUAUAACUAAAUUACUGAGUUAUACGUUGUACUCCUUUCUAAUAGACAUAUUUUAUAUGAAUCCGUAUAAUACCAACCAGUUGUUUAAGCAAUAAGGUGAGGAAAGCAAUGCUUGAACCUACAGUUCAAUUACUGAAAGUCAUUUUAUUUAAGCACAAAGUCAUCAAUUCACUUCUUGUUAGUUAGCCAUGGAUGAUAACUCGAUAUUGAGUCUAUAAGUAUGACAACUUGAUAGUCUGGUCUCAUUUUCAUUGACUAAUGAUGAUGAUGAAUGGUCUACAAGAUUGUAUUAUACAAUUAAUUCUUAAAAUAAUUUCAGUAUUGUUGGAAAAUAGCAUUGUUAUCUUCACACAUCUAUUUAAAAUUUGAAUCUCUAAAAAUUAAUUAGUGUCUACUUGCUAAAUAAUAUAAAUUAGUGUGUUAUUUUCAGUAACAUUUCACAAUUAAUCUCUAUUUUUAUCUUCAUAAUUGUAGGACUUGAUACAAAAAUUUGUCAAUUACACUUAUCUGUUUUCGUUAUUCGAUUAUUCGAUUUUUAUUAAUCAUGAUGAGAUUCUUCCUCUAUAUUCUAAACAAGAGUAAAAUAAGUCAAAUUUUAGAUAUGUUUUGCUCUUAGAAAUCUUUUAUCUUUGAUAAUAUUUUAUAGUUUAAGAUCAUAUAUAUGCUCUACUAGUUACGGUUCAUGAAAUUGUAGUGAUUAGUGAAAUGGUUAGCGAUCAUGAGCUGUGCGUCUCAUGUUACAUUUGAUCUCAUUUUAUAAUCCUGUCUAAAGUAGGAUCAUGUUUAAAAACGUAAAGGGGAAUAUUUCAAAACUUAUCUAAUAUCUCUUCCAAACUGCAUGACUAGAAUUACUAAUAUAAAAUUUUUAACUUUUAUACAGUAAUAAUAGGAGUACAAACCUCAAGAACAAUUCUUAGUGUAAAUCACUGUCUAAAUUUAUCCGAUAAUCACUGAUCGUCCUACCAUGGGACUCACCAGCAACGCACACCCGUUCCCCUUCAAGAAUUGAGCUGUAUGUCUCACUCUGGAAGCCUGACUUUUAGAUCACUGAGUUGACGUCUAAUUAUUCAUAUUUCUAAUUUCAAUCAAUUCAUGAUAUUGCGCGGCCAUCAUCCAUUGUCAUCAGUGAUACACAUCUCACUGACGAUAUGAUUCAAUUACGUUAAUUACAACUACGGGAAUUUCUGUUAAGGUUACCCAUUGGUGAGCCCAAGGUCAGUGGAAGAUUGCUCGAAUAGAACAGUUUACGGCAUUUAUGAACAUGUUUAUUAAAGUUUAUUCAUUUAUGAAAACCAUUGGAUAAUCUGAUUGGAUUUUCUCUUUAACCUUUUCUUUUUAGACUAUACUCCUCAUUAUCAGCUUGGUACUUGGUAUUACUGUUAUCGGGACAAUUGCUUUAUGUGGUGUUUUAGCUGUUGAACUUGCUCCACCUGCUUUUAGCGGUACUGCACAUGCGUUGAGUGCUUUGAUUGCGAAUUUUGGGGCUAUAUUGGCUGGUUACCCAUUUGUUGUGUUGGCUGAACAUAUCAACUGGUCUGGUGCCUUUCUUGUCGCUGGCAUAGUAUGCGGACUUUCAGUUAUUCCACUUUCAUGUUUUUGAGAAUUCCAACUCAUAUGUUCUCUUAUUAAUGUAGAUUAUUUUACAAUUGUUUUUAGAUGAUGUGCACUUUUUUUCAUUUUUAACAUUUCUUGGUAUUACACGUUGAAUAUCAGAUGAAUUCAAACUUUCGUGGUUGUGGAAUUUCUUGUUUCUACACCAAUUUUGCAUUUCAUGGAGUUACAAAUCCAUACUAUUGCUCCGAAUUAUAUUUUUUGCCAAUGGGAGUGUCUACAUUUUAUUUUCACUUAAAUUCAAAUAAACAAUGUCUUU